AUGGCUCCGGCUAGCCAGGCUGAUAAGAAGGCUGCACUUGAUGCAGCUGCAUGGAUGUUCAAUGUUGUCACUUCUGUCGGGAUAAUUAUUGUCAAUAAAGCCUUAAUGGCUACAUAUGGCUUCAGUUUUGCUACAACGUUAACUGGUCUGCAUUUUGCUACAACCACCUUGAUGACGGCUAUUCUUAGGUGGCUGGGAUACAUCCAAUCUUCUCAUCUACCCAUUUCUGAGCUUCUGAAAUUCGUUUUAUUUGCAAACUUCUCUAUUGUUGGGAUGAAUGUCAGUCUCAUGUGGAACUCGGUGGGAUUUUAUCAGAUUGCGAAGCUGACUAUGAUCCCUGUAUCCUGCUUGUUGGAAGUUGUUUUCGACAAAAUCCGAUACUCAAGGGACACAAAACUCAGCAUAGCAAUUGUUCUCCUAGGUGUUGCUGUCUGCACUGUUACUGAUGUGAGUGUUAAUGGUAGAGGUUUCAUAGCUGCCUUAAUUGCAGUUUGGAGUACUUCUCUGCAACAGUAUUACGUUCAUUUCCUUCAACGCAAAUACUCGCUUAGUUCUUUCAAUCUGUUGGGACAUACUGCGCCGGCCCAGGCUGCAUCUUUGCUGUUAUUAGGCCCCUUUGUGGAUUACUGGUUGACUAACAAGAGGGUUGAUGCUUUUGACUACAAUACUGCGUCUUUGGCGUUUAUAAUUAUUUCAUGCACAAUUGCAGUAGGGACCAACCUCAGCCAGUUCAUCUGCAUUGGCAGAUUUACGGCUGUGUCGUUCCAAGUACUUGGCCAUAUGAAAACGAUCCUUGUCUUGAUCCUGGGAUUCAUAUUCUUUGGGAAAGAAGGUCUCAAUCUACAAGUUGUCCUUGGCAUGGUCAUAGCCGUGAUUGGCAUGAUCUGGUAUGGCAAUGCCUCAUCUAAACCUGGUGGGAAGGAGCGUCGCAGCCACUCCAUUUCUAGGAGCAGCCAGCAAAAACAUGGUGGGCUAUCGGAGUCUUCCGAACUUGAUGACAAGGAAUACCGAAGGAGUGAGAUGGUUGUCUCUUACGAUGACGACCCAGGUAAGAACAUUACUUGCACUUGA